UUAUUUAAGUGUAACAUAAGGAUAUAGUUCAGUGAAUUUUUGCAAAAUGAACACAUCUGUAUAACCAGCACCCCUGUUGGAACCAGACAUUGUCAGCCCUGAAAUGCCCUUCAGAUUUCUUUCCAGGCAUCAGCCCUUUUCUUCUCGGCUAAGAGAAACUGCCAUCUGACUUCUAACACCAUAGAUUAGUUUUCUUGUUUUUAAACUUUAUAUAAAAGAAAUCAUAAACUAUAUGCACUCUUUUGUGUUUGCUUCCUUUUGCUCCAUUAAUAUGCAUGUGACAUCUGUGUCAUUAUUUUUCAUGGAUAUAUAGAAUUUUAUUUUAUUAAUAUCCUACCAUUUGUUAUUCAUUCUACAUUUGGUUGACAUGUGUGUUUUCAGUUUGGGGCUACUAUGUAUGCUAUGAACAUUCUUGGCAUGUUUACCUAAAGAGAUAAACGCAUUUACUUAUUAUUAUUGGGUAUGCACCUGGUGGUAGAAUGGGUCAAAGUAUUAUGUAUAUGUCCAAGUUUGUUAAAUACUGCCAACCAACUAAUUAUACGCAUAUAUAGCAAUAUACAACAAUAUACUAAUGUUUACUCCUUAUACCAAUACAAUUCCUAUCUUCUUAUUUUUCCUUUUCACCCAUUAUAGGCAGGUAGCUCAAGUUUGUGUUUUCUUGCUUUAGGAUUUUCAGCUAGUAUAAAUCAGAAGCAGCUUGCAGUUACUGCCCUUCCCAGUUUUUAAGCCAGGGUCCACUGAUGAGAUAAUAUUGGUUGUCUAGAAGCGUAGGUUCAGGUAAGAAAGACCUUGAGAGCAAGGAGGGUGAAAGACAGAGACUGUCAGACAGGAGAUAGAAGUCAGUGGGAUUAGGAGACUGCGGGGGCCAGAGGACCUCAAGAGCUGCUUUUGCUCUUUUUAGUAGUGUGACCAUAUAAUUUGUUAUCCAAGUCCAGACACACUUCACUCUGGUGAAGGGUGUGCUAUUAAUACAAUGAUUAUAUAGGGAUAAUGAGUGUAAAUUAGGACCAUCCCAGGAAAACUGGGAUUACUUUAGGCAGCCUCAGUGGAAACUUACAAAUGCAGAUGCUCACACAUCUUUGAAUGUUUCUUAAAAUAUUCAUGUAGCAGAUCAUAUGGAGAGCAGCUUUGUCAUCCGAAGAAUGGCAGGAUUAAACCCUCAGAUACAUUUCCCGUUAUACCUUAAUCCUGCACGCCUAUAGAGUAACUCCAUGCAGGGGUGUGCGUGUGUGUUUCCUUGCAUAUGUGUUGUGAUAUUUUAGUCUCCUCAUAUAUAGUAAAGGCCUGUCUGUAGCCCUUAUUAGAGCUGAGAGUAGGUGGUGUUGUGGUGGAGGUGGUGUGGCUUCUUCACUGUUCCAAGCAGCUCAUGGUCCCAGAAACAUUUUACUGAGGUGCUUUCUGUAGAUCUGACCUGAACUUUUUUCCCCCUUGGUCCUACUUUCAAAGUUUUCCGUGAGAUUUUGGAAGUAGAGGCUAAAUUGGGGGCUAUUCUUCCUUAAAGUCAACUAAGGCUCUAAAAGUUAAUGAGAGAGGAAAAACAAGCCCCCAAACUCACUGCAUGAUGUGAAACCCCAGAGUAAGGGGAGUUUGAGUAGAACACCUGCUGUCAAGAUGCCGGGCAAACACCACAAUCCAGGGUGUAAACAGGCAGUGCAAUUUUUUCCCUACAGAGACAGAUCUCGGAGAAAUUCCCAGGGUACACUGUGUCUAAUCAGGUCCCUGAGAUCGUCAAGCAGCUUAAAGUUCUCUGGGAUAUGCCGGCAGGGGUCUGGUCAAAAUGGGAGUUGCUAGUUUUUCCCCCUGAAGUUGCUUGAGACGAUCUGGGAAAAUCCACAAACAGAAGUCACGGUCUAUUCCUCAAGCACCUUGGAGCCUGGGGUCUGUGAAAGCUCUGACUCCCAGCACCAAAGGAAUCAGAAGAGUUAAACACACAAGGCUGUCUGCUUUCCCUGCUAGCAGCUACAUUUUCUCUUUCUGGCUAAUGGAAAAAGAGGCUGCGCGAGGCCCCGCACUGAGGGGGCCCAGGGAGAAGGUCUGAGGCCCGUCUUUCCUGAUGGUUUUCUUUCACACCCACAACCACGGGAUCUGGGAGUAUCCAUCCCUUCUCUGCUCUCAACGCUGAUCCUGGGGUGACUCACCAGAAGAGAAUGACUCUGAGAAACGGCUCCUCAGUGACUGAGUUUAUCCUUGUGGGAUUAUCAGAGCGAUCAGAGCUCCAGCUCCCCCUUUUCUUCCUGUUCUUAGGGCUCUAUGUGUUCACUGUGGUGGGCAACUUGGGCUUGAUCACCUUAAUUGGGCUGAAUUCUAGCCUUCACACCCCAAUGUACUUUUUCCUCUUCAACUUGUCCUUCAUAGAUCUCUGUUAUUCCUGUGUGUUUACCCCCAAAAUGCUGAGUGAUUUUGUGUCAGAAAAUAUCAUCUCUUAUGGGGGAUGCAUGACUCAGCUAUUUUUCUUCUGUUUCUUUGUCAAUUCUGAGUGCUGUGUGUUGGUAUCCAUGGCCUAUGAUCGCUAUGUGGCCAUCUGCAACCCUCUGCUGUACACGGUCACCAUGUCCCCUAGGGUCUGUGCUGUGCUGAUGUCUGGCUCAUACGCGACAGCGUUUGCUGGGGCCAUGGCCCACACUGGAAGCAUGCUGAGACUGGCCUUCUGUGAUUCCAACACCGUCGACCACUACCUGUGCGAAGUUCUCCCCCUCUUGCAGCUCUCCUGCACCAGCACCCGUGUCAAUGAGCUGGUGUUCUUCAUUGUUGUGGGACUGGUCAUCGCAAUAUCCAGCGUCAGCAUCUUCGUCUCUUAUGCUUUGAUUCUCUCUAACAUCCUUCGUAUUCCUUCUGCUGAGGGUAGAUCCAAAGCCUUUAGCACGUGUGGCUCCCAUGUAAUUGCCGUUGCCCUGUUUUUUGGGUCGGGAGCAUUCACCUAUUUGACAACCUCUUUUCCAGGCUCUAUGGACCAGGGUAGAUUUGCCUCCGUCUUUUACACCAGCGUGGUUCCCAUGCUUAACCCUUUGAUCUACAGUUUGAGGAAUAAGGAUGUUAAACUUGCCCUGGUUAAAACCCUGAAGAGAGUGCUCUUCUGAUGGGUCUCUUUGUAUCAUUGGUGGUUAAUGCGUGGUAAGCAUCAUACUCAAGUACCUUUUUAUCCAUAGGUGGAGGAAUUUUUAACCUUUUCCCUCAAACAGGGUCUUCUCUCCACUUUUAAAACUUGGAAAUCUCUUGCCUAUAGUCUCCUUGAGAAUUACAGCAUUUUGUACCACUUAAGUUGGUUCAUUGCAUGCAACUAAGUGUCUAUAAUGUGCCUGUUGUUUCCUGGACUCUAUAUUAGGUACAAGAGAUGAACAAGAUGAGACUGCACACCUUCUGUUCCCUUGGUAGACUAAAUGGGUUUGACUGAGCUGGAACAUCUCUGCCUGAGAGAAGGGGCAGGUGAUGGUAUAAGGGUCCAGGAACAUUUCCUUUUUAGUUACAUGAGUGGUCUUACCAAAGACCACAGGUAGAUACCUUAGUGCCACAGGUAACACAAUCUUCCAACUCUCUGAGAAGUUGUUUGGUCAGGAAGAUCGUAAGCCUCCCUUUCACAUACGUGUAUGUACACAAGGGAAGGCUUCACUUAAGAACUUUACAUGGCCUGAUGUGUAAGGAAACAUCAAACCCCAAAUCUUGUAUUUCAAAGACUCAAAACUCCUGGAACUUGGGAUGGUAACUGCAGGUAGAUGAUCCUAUAACUAGACCAAUUUUUUAGGGACUCAGGCUGAAAGAGCAAAGAAGAACUUCCAGGGAUUUGCAUGAUUAUGUGAAAUGCUGCCUUUGUCCUGCCCUGGAGAUAAUGAACAAAUUAUGGGGUUUGUAGGAAAAUUCUUUUAUUCGUAAAGUGGAUUUAGAUUUUACUGUCUCUGAGAAUGUGUGCAUGUGUGUGUGUGUGCCCAUGCGUGUGCGUGUGUGUGUGUGUGUGUAUGUGUGUUACAGUUAACCAUUACAGAAUCAGAAAGAAAGAGGAGUCAUAUUACACUUCCCACUCACAGAGCAUCUGGAAGGGAUCUGAAUUUUGAGUGCCAAAGACCACUCUGUACUACUCAGUGAAAGAUUCUGCUGUUCUAUAUCCAAUAGCUCAGAUUUCAAGAAAUACACCCUUAAAAUCUACCCUGAGUGUAGGGAGGGAGGCGAAUGCAGGGCGAGAGUGGUGCAUAUGGGAGAUGGGAGGGUGGGGACUCACACUGUGGUCAUAAGAUUGGGCACUCUCUGAGCAGAAGGUAGAAUUUCCCUCUAUGAAGAAUAUUUGGUGUUUUUCCUUUGGGUACAGGGAGAGCCAUAUAAAGUACUGUAUCUUUUGCUUUGCUUGUAUUUUUCCAACGCUUCCAUAAAAUUGGACAGGUGCACAGUGUGCGUUGGUGUGAGAAACAAGGCACAAAAGGAAAUUAAAGCUUUCUUCACAUUUGCCUCUGUGCUGACGCUGGUGUGGAAGCAGCAGCAUCACACUGAGAAGGGAGGUCGCCCGAGUGCUCCAGGUGGUGGUCAGGAAACGUCCUGAGGUGGGGCUGAGAGCAGCGCAGAGAAGCACCUGCACCGUGACAGUAACUGCUGGGGAGGCCUGAGGCCAACCGUAUCGUCUCCAGUCUGCUACACAGAGAUCUUUGAAGAAGGAGGAAAGCUCUAAUACUUGCACUGGGCCUCAGUUAUGAUGCUGAUGACACUUCACAUUUACUGAGCUUGCACUGUGUGUUAGUGCACUGUGUGAGGCACCUUAUGUAUAAUAUUAAUAUAUUAACCCAUGUAUUGGAAUUGAAUGAAUACCCUACUGAACCACUGCCAGCUCGUCCUCAGGGCUUCCCUGAAGCCCACCCUCCAAAGGACUGUCUGUGUCUUAGGUCCGUGGGGAUCUUGUGAUAUUGGGAAAAAGUCAAGAAGAAUCUACUUUUAUACAGAUAAAGAAAAAAUUAAUUACCACUUGUAUAAAUAAGUAGGAACAAGAAAUCAGUCAGGGCAUAUGAAUGGAAAGGAAAAAUUACAUGAUGAAUGCAUUAAAGUCCAAGAAUAAUUUUCCCUAUGUGCACUGUACAUUGAUAUUGGUGAGUAGAAGUGAGAGUGUAACUGUGACUGAAUGAGGCCCUGGCUUGGGUGUUUUGGAAAGCAGCCCCUUUGUAACUGAGAAACUGAAAUAACAAGAAUUCAGAGGGACUCUUGGUUCUUGUAAUGGCCGAUAAGAGCAUAUAUUGCUCCCACAGAAAACACAACAUUUAAUAAAUUCAGAAGGCCUUCACUUCUCUCACAAAACAAGAUAGGUCAUUUUGCUUGUCAUUUUGGGUUGGCAUUAAGGAAUUGUUCUGUUUCUCAGUGGUCAAUAAAUAGAAACAGUUUUAGGGGAUGCUACUUUACAGUAACAGAGACAUGAUUUGAAAGUUAGUAUCAGAUGUCCUAAAGUGAAUUCUUCCACCGCAAGACCAUAAUUCUAUCAUCUUGUGACAUCAUGACAUUUUACUUUUCAGCAAGACCAUUUUGAGUUUUUUAGGAGCAUCAUUAAAAUUGUGAUUCCUCUAGUUUCAGUCUUGGUCUGUUCCCCUUCUGGGCUCUUCCUGAGGCAUCCCUCUGACUUGAGCGGCUUCAACAACCACAUACUUGAUGGUGGUUUCCAAAUCUGUAACUCUGGCACUGAUCUAC